UCAAAAUGUUCCGAUUGAGCUUGUUGUUUGUGCUAGUGGCUGCCGUUGCCGUUUUCGGCAAGACACUCCCGGUCGAGUAUCAGGAAUGGGAAGGAUACAUCGUUGGUGGUCAGAAUGCCGCUUCCGGUCAGUUCCCGUACCAGGUUUCUCUGCGUUCGGCCCAGAAUGCUCACUUCUGUGGUGGCUCGAUCGUCAAUAACCGUUGGAUUCUGUCCGCUGCUCACUGCACCAUUGGACGUACCACCGCUAACACUCGCGUCGUUGUCGGAACUCACUUGCUGAACAGCGGUGGAGUUAUGCACAAUGCCCAGGCCAUCAUCAACCAUCCGUCUUACAACGCCAACACCUUGGCCAACGAUAUUUCGGUCGUCCAUACAGCUACCGUUAUUGCUUUCACCAACUUGGCUCAACCUAUUGGUCUGGCUGCUAACUUCAUCAACACCGCCGCCGGCGCUUUGGCAUCCGGAUGGGGACAACUCGGAGCUAACGCUGGUAUCCCCAACAAUCUGCAGUGGCUGAGCACCAGCAUCAUCACCCUGGCCGAUUGCCGUAGCCGUCACUCUGUUGCCAACGCUGCUCGUGUCUUUGAUCAUACCGUCUGUACUUUGAGCCCAACUGGCCAGGGUAUGUGCAUGGGAGAUUCCGGUGGCCCAUUGGUCCAUGGAGGUCUGCAGCAAGGUGUCGUGUCCUGGGGUAUUCCUUGCGGACUCGGAGCUCCCGAUGUAUUCGCCCGUGUUUCCUCAUUCCGUGCCUGGAUCUUGUCCCACACCGGUUAAAAUGUUUUGAAAUAAAAUGAUUGUUUUUGUUUUUUAAA